GAUUUUAGCAUGGUAGACUAAAGUACAACGUCGCUCGCACGCACGUUCGCUCGUUUGCUAGCUUGUUUCGUCGUAGUCUCGUCUUUGAAGCAAGCAACCAAAAAUUUUUGCGUAAAGCACUCACUAUUAGUAGCUCGACACAUAAGCCUAGCUGGCCGUCAGUAUAGUAUGACAACGCGCGUAUAUUCUUCAUUUAAAAAAACGCGCGUACGUGAUUCUUUCUAUUAAAUAGCAACGCUACAAAAAACAUAAAAAUAAAAUAUUUUGCCGAAAAAUAUUUAUUCAAAGGAAGUAAGCAAGUAAAGUGUAGCAAAUGAGAAGAAAUACAAAAAUGAGAAAAGCAAAAAAUCGAGCAUUUGGAAAAAGAUAUUUGAGAAAAAAUGUGAGUUGAAAAUUGUUGAUGAAAAUAACAGUUGAGACGUGUGUAAAAGAAAUUAACUUUUUGGAGAGAAUAAAAUAAAUUGUGUCUGGUGUGACUGAAAGUGGAGUUUUGGAAAAACCAAGUGAAUUUUAAUACAAAAACAUUGAAAAGAUUUGAACAAAUUUUACCGCUCGAAAAACGAAACCAGUAUAUGCGUGAUGUGAAAACAAGCAUACCAGUGACAGCAACGAACUUUGUAUGGAAUUUUGUGUGACUACCAAUAUUUAAGUAUUACCACAAGAAACUAGUGCAAUUUGUUAUUUGUUCAUCGACAGAUUUCCCACUUACUUAGAUGCAACAAAAAAACGCGCGCACUCUUCGCCAAGCAAUCAUAAAUUAAGAAGCAAACCAAAGUCAAGUGUAACAAGCAAGCAAUAAAUCAGCAGCAAUGCAACUCUAAUACGUGUAGCAGAAAUUCCAAUUGCAGCAUCUCAACAAUAAUCACAACAAUCGGAUUUCCGCAUAGAGGUGUAAACAAAGCGGCAACAAGAAGCAGAUAGACGACCCAGCAAGUAAUUUCUGUGGUAAAUAAGCGCGCAAAACCACGCACAAGUGCAGCAGCGCAGCAGCAACAAUAACAACAACAGCAACCGCAACUAGAACGGCGCAAGUAAAGCCGCAGCACCGCCAAUAAACAAGUGUAAUAAAACAGUACGCGCCAUAAGUAGGCAUACGCACACUUGUCAGCAGAGCAGGAGCAGCAUACAUCAUUAUAGUGAAAGAGGCAUGCAACUCGCGCCUAGAAUAGCAAGAAGAAGCAGCAGCAGAUGUGAAAUGCAUUGACAAACAAAAGUAAGCAAGUGCAAGAACAAACACACAAACGGUGAUAAUUGCCAAUAGCAACAACUUUAGUGGACAAUUAAGACAGAUAGCACAACAAAAGCAGCAAAAAGUAUUAUUAGAAACACUUAUACAAAAACAAAAGAAACAAAAAGAAUUUGUGACUGCAGGAAGAAGCCACAGUUCCCACAAAUUUAUGCAAAUUAACAAUUUAUGAUUUCUUGGGGAAAAGCAACAACAUCAAGUAGCAAGAAGCCACAGUAGCAGCUGGAGAAGCAACAGGAUUGCAUCAACAUUUCUAAGGAGCAGUGGCAUAAAGAUUUUUAUUAUUUUGUAACAAUAAUGUGCACUGAGGUAUGUAUAAAUCGGCAAGAAGAAAAUCGAAAAUUUCGAAUUCAAAAACCAAUUAAUUCAGCAAUGGGUCUUCAAGCUACAGCCGCUACCAAGCGGAAACACGAGAUAACAUUCGAUGCCAAGGAUGCCAAUACAUAUACCAACAGUCCGCCUCCCAUCAAGACAAGCAAAUGGUCAAUUAAUAACAACAACUACAUCGAAGCCAUUGAGGAACAGCAAUUGAAUGGCAACAACAUUAAAGAUGCAUCCGCCAAUUUGCGGGCGUUAACGCCCGGCUCAACAGAAGCCACUAAAGGCCUAACAGUGAAUAACAACAAUAUAAAUAGUAGUAGUAUCAGCAGCACUAAUGGGCUCCUUAAUAGUAUUAGCAAUGGUAAAGAAGUUACUAAAAAUGCCGAACACACCACACCUCACUCAAGUACCCCUUCAGCGUCCCCCUCUAUAUUGGGCACGACAACAGCGUUGCCACUAAUGGUCGCAUCGUUGCUGCCUAUGGCCAGUGAGAUGGCCGCCAUAACACCAUUGCCUCCAACCUCCACCACUCCCGUCCCAGAAGACAGUAUUGCCAAGUUGGAGGAGGUUGCCGCCGUACCCUGCUGCGAGCCAUGGACUAACGUUGCCACGGAACCGGUCGACUGCAUUUCCAAACUGCAAGCUGUCGCAGUACCAAGCGAUCCUUGGGGCAGUAUUGCGACGCGCUCUACACUGGCGACAACGCUGCUCAGUGCAGAUGAGUUGGACGAUGAUGACGAUGAUUUCGAGGAUGACUACGAGGAGGAAGAGAGUAUAAUACCCACUUACUGCCCUUUGCGUUAUAAUUCAUUUCCGCCACCUCCUACAACACCCACCGCAUCGCCACAUCAACAACAGCGACUCGGCAGCUAUGCGCCCGCUCCGCACGGUUACGGCUCGCGCCCCAACUACUAUUCAGAGCCAUACCCACAGCAGAACUGUUCGCGCACUGGCAGCCCGCAGCAUAUGCGCAUGACUGCCGGCAAUGGUUUUACGCAAUGGCAAAGCACCGGCGGCCCUGUUAGUGGCGGCCAACAAUUUUAUGUGCCACCCGAGGCAGUGUACCCGUUACCCCAGCAGCAGCCACCGCAACCACCACAACAACAGCAGACAAUACGCUGCGCUGAGAAUGGUAAAUCGUAUUUAGAACUGGGGUGCAGUAGUCCGGCGCCCAAUGUGAGCAGCAUUAAUACCGCCGCCGUCGUGCCGCCACCAACUUUCGGCAAUCUGCAUGUGGCUGCCGCUACUCUCGACGCACGGCAUCCACUAAAACGCUGCUGCGACGGCCGCGGCACAUGGUGCAACACAAAUAAGAAUUGCUACAAGGAACUACGGCUUAAGAUACGCAACCUGUCCAUGUUCAAGUUGUCGCGCUUCCGACAAGUAUCUGAGCAAUCGCUUUAUCGUUCGGUGCUCAUCUGCAAUACAUUGAAGCGCAUCGAUCGCGAAAUCGAAACUGAAGCUAAAGAGAUGCAUCAAGCAGCGGCACAGGCUGCUGCCGCUCAACAGCAUCAGUACCAUCAGCAUCUACAUCCGCCUCAUCAUUUGCAGCAUCAUUUGGUGGGUCCACAACAGCCACCUCAACAAUUGUUGGUCCCACAACAGCCGCACACGAUGUUGCACCAGCAACACCAGGAUUAUGCACCACCAGUGAUGAACUGCGCGCGUCUGUCCAACAUGGAUUAUCAGGUGCAACAUCAGCCGUCAACACUGCUACAACAGCAACCACCGCAGCAUUUUUCCCAACAUGUACCGCACUACCAAAAUCAGCCAGAACGCCUCGACACGCCACCGCCAUACUUGAGCGCACAACCACAACAACUGCAAAAGCUCGGCGCCGGCUUCCCAAUAAACAAUAGUCUCAGUAGUAUUAAUAUGAACAAUUGUGAUUCUACGUCGUUAGCGGCGUCAUCUGCAACCGCGUCAUUGCUUCCUUAUGAUCACUAUCCCUUCCGGGAAUCACAGUCUGGCCGUGCAACGCCAUUUCCCUGCCAAUCAGUAAUGCCGCCCGCACCGCCAUCGCCCACACAAACGCCAUCAACGACGCAAACGCAGGUGCUCCCAGUUACCACAACGAUGAGCGCGCCAAGUUCACCCGCGGCGCCAACGCACAACAUAACAACCACAGCGGUGCCAACAAACGCGUCUAGCAGUGUUAUAACAACACCUCUUGCGACCACCACAACAUCCAUUAGUACCACCGACAGCAGUGAUUCCGGUUACGCGGACGAAGAUUCCACACGUUCAAUCAACUGGAGUUCGGUACUCAGUUUAUCGUCACAAUCCGCGCUAGAUCCACUCAACAAUAACGACCUCUUCGCCAUAUUACCGCCUGCGUUAUCGAUAACAAACCCAGCCACCGCCACGCCUGUACCAGUCACAGCCGCCACAACAACAAGCGUCAGCGCGACGGAUAGCACAAUGCAAACGCCUGCUGUCGCCAUCAGCGGCACCUUCACCACAGUGCAAUCAACAUCCGCCUCCAGUACUAGCGCAAGUGCAUUAGCCUCAAGCAGUAGCAGCAGCACAGCAUUCAAUACAUGUACCUCUUCCUCGACGGCAACCUUCACAACGCUCUCGACUAUCUCAUCGGCGACGCAUUCGCUCACCUCAUCGUAUGUGAGUAGCAUAAGCGCCAAUGCGGCAGCAGCCUCAGCAUCCUCAACAUGGGAAUACGGAUUUCUCGAUAUGGAAUUCGGUUUGGGUUCCGAAUUCACCGAAUUGGUGCCCAGCUGCAAGUUAAGCUCUGACGAACUCUUCAAGAGCAGUCUAACGCCAGUAGUGGCGGCGUCACGUUACUCCUCCGUGCACGAUAACGAGCUGGAACAACCGGCACACAUCAUGGUCGGUAGUUAGUAUCAAUUGUAAGGUAGCAGAACGAUGCAGGAGACGUGGUGCCGUACGCUGUACUACUGCGACGGCGGAACGUACUGCAACGCCAAUAGGUGGCCUUGCUGGUGUUUAUGACUGCUAAUGGCGCCAAGCGCAUGGUGCGCAUGGAGCGCAUGGGAUACAUGGUGGCAACAUCAGCAUUGAGCAAUGGAACAUUGCAAGCAGCGGAAACACAACAGCCGACUAUGUUUAACUGUAUAUACAUAUUUAUGUAUAUGGAGAUGAGUUCCGUUUUGGAAUAAAGAAAUCGCUUUGAACGAUUCGUUUAAAAACAAAUUACGAUUCUUUGUAUUACAAAAAUUUUACAAUAGUUAAAACUAAAUAAGUUCGCUUAAGUGUAAAAUGCUCAGGUUGUGAACUUUUCGUUUCGGAACUGUAUGGAAAUUGUGUGUGCAGCAAAUGGAGAGCAAGAAAGCGGCUGGGACGCAUAGUUCGAAAGAAAUUGUUAGAAGUCAUUUGCUUUGGCUGUAAGAAAAUGUACUUAUUGAAGAAAUAAAAUUACUUAAGCUUAGGUUAAAUAAGGACUUACGAAAAUGUAGAACUCAAAAAUUUCUAAUUUGCAAUGGUUUCGAAAAUAGUUUUGGAUGUACAGCAAAUAUUAGAUUUACAAAUAUUGAGAAUAUCAUCGAAUGUUAGCAUUUUUCCGAUACAACAAUAGUAGUUUUUGUACUUGAUUUAUUUUUAAACUACGAUUUUGAUUCAAUUUUUUAAUUAAAAACAAAGCUCAAACUUAUUUACAAAAACUUUCAUUCGAGUUAUGCGCCCAAAGCAAUUGCUUUCAAGCUCUUAUUAAGAAAAGAUUCAAUUUUUUAAAGAUUUAAAGACAAACAAAAAAUGUGAAUAAAUACAAAUAUUGACUGAUUUUCGGGACAGCAAAUAUUUGCGAAAAUAAAUCUCUUUAUCAUACCCAAUCGCUGUAUUAAACACUCAAUGUAUGUAUUUUAUUAAACCAAAUUUGUUUAGAUGGUUUUGCAUCACAUAAAACGAAAAAUUAUUAUAUUAUAUUUCCCCUCUAGCGCAUUAAAGUUAUUUUGUCGUAUGUGCCUAUGCUUUGCCUUCACACAUACGACAUUAUAACUUUAAAUAGAAAAGUAGUACAACUUCCGUGCAAUCUUAGUUUACAUACACAUACACGCACACACAAUUAUCCAAUUUGAUAUUCAGUUGUGAACUUUUUGCCAAUUUUCCUCUUCAAAUGAAAAAAAUAAAUAAAUCUUAAAAUGUAUUACUACUCAAGAUACUAAAAAGUUAAACUAGCUGAAUUCUAAAUUGUACAUAAUAUUCAAUGUGUAGUGAAUGAGAAAAUAUAUAUUAUAUAUGUAUAUAUAAGAUACUUUGUAUGUGUAAAUCCGUUUUGCAUAACUCUUAAUAUUAUAUAUAGCUGCAAUUAUGUAAGAUUAAACACGUAAGAAAUCUAAACUACAAACAAAAAUUGUCAAACUAAAGCUACUGAUUAAGAAACGAGGAAAUAAAUUCAACUACAAAAUAUACUAUGUAUAUGUGCAUACAUAUAUAUGUAUACAAGUAGUAUUGUAAAUAACAUGUGAAAGUUAUGCGAGUGUAGUGAAUUCAUAUAUCUGUAUAUUUAAAGACAAUUCUCUUUAUGUCCUUUGCAGUGUGCAAACAGGAUUGGAACAAACUUCAUGUUGAUGAAGCAUAUGAUUAUUAUUAUUAUUAAUAUUAUCACUGUAUUUUGUAGUUUAGGCGUAAGUAUUAGUAUUUUUAUUUAUAAAUGGACAAAAGUUUACAAAAUAAUGUUUUAUAGAAAAACAAAGCCAACACAAAAUGUGGUGAAAAAACAAAAGCAAAGCAAAUAUAUAAGAAAUUUGUUUUUAAAAUUUAA